AGCAUCCAAGAUAGGGAAGUUGACCUUGCUUCGAAGCUCUCUCUCUCUGUUUUGCUAGGUCUUUCCUGCUCUCUUGAAGCAUUUGUAUGUCGAAAUACUGCUAUGGAGCAACGGAAACUCCUCGCGCCUGUGAGCCAGCGAAAGAAGACGGUGGAGGCCUGUGACCCUUGCCGAGCACGAAAAUCCAAGUGCGAUGGGGCUAGUCCUUGCAAAUCAUGUACUCACAACAACCUUCGAUGUGUUUACGAUCCGUCGACGUCGGCGAACAAAUUGACCGCAGAGUUUGACGGGUUUAACAAGCGGCUACUGGAGCUCGAACACGCCGUGUUUAGCGAGCUAACGUACAAGGCAUCAGACCCGAACAAUGCGGGUGGAAGCCGCAGUAAUGGUCGCAGCUUCAACGCCCCGGAGCCAUGGUUUGAGUCGGUCAUGACUCUCAACACCAGCACGUGCUCGGUUGAGUUCUAUGGCAGCACUUCCAUCCUAGCACUAGCCCGGUUUCUGGGUAACCGGCUGCGGGAGUUUGAAGGAGAACACCAUAUACACGAGCCGCCAUCCAAAAAGCCAGUCCCCGCCACGAAGACGUCCUCGCUCGAGCUGGACGGGCUCUUUGAGCACAACGACUUCAUCCCUAUCCCUUGGCAGCCGCAGACGAGGAGAUGGAAGCUGAGAGAAGACGUUGCCAAUGCUCAUGUUCGCAGUUUCUUCGAUACGAUCCACGACUUCUUGCCCGUCCUCGACGUCGAUUCCUUCAUGACCGCCUACCGCGCAUUCUGGGACGCGCCCCCGCUAGACACUGAGAGCCUCGCUUCUCAGCAGCGGCAGUGCCUGGUAUACUCGGUACUUGCCAUGGGCGCGCUGAAAUCCGACUCGGGGUCGAACAAUGCCGAGUGGGCUGCAAGUUACUUCUCCGAAGCUCAGGAAGUUCUGGGGAAGUUGUUCGACGCUGUGAGCAUCGAGACCGUCCAAGCGGCCCUGUUUAUGGGGUGCUAUGCCCAAAGUGUAUUAAAACCAAAUCUCGCAUAUAACUAUAUCGGUAUCGCCAUCAGAUUCGCUUACUCGAUCGGCCUCAAUCGAGCUUCCGCGGGUAUCAAAACCACUGCCCAAGCUCAAGCUCAAGCUCAGGCAGCGUCGAGGACGUGGUGGAUGCUAUAUACCAUUGAAGCUGAGCAGUGUCUGGACUCGGGACGCCCGAUGUCGAUACGAGAGGCAGAUGCAAAAGCUCCAUUCCCAAAAGAUUCUCCUGAACCAUUGGCAAGCGUCGGCCGAGUCACGUUCAUCACCGUCAUGGCUAAGUUUGGUCGAACCAUGCGAAAGGUUAUGGACUUGAUAUCGGCAAUCAACGAGGAGGGCUCUGAGGCACAACCGUUCGCAGGACGCUUAAUGAAUCUCCAAGUCGAGUUGUGUGCUUGGCGCGAGAACCUUCCGCCACACCUCAAGUUCGACAAAGGUUCCCAAGACCCCGAAAACCCGCAAUGGGAGACGGUGAAGUGGGUGAAACGCCAGCGCCAAAGCAUUCAAGUUCAUUUCAACCACCUCAUGGUCAUGUUGCACCGACCGUUCUUCAGAAAGAGCCAGAUAACGAUGCCUCUUUAUUCAACCAACAUGUCGGUUUCAAUUUGCCUGGGGGCAGCACAGGAAAACGUGGUGCUGAUCCAUCAUCUUCUCGCCGAGGACCCGAGCAACAGGCGCUGGAGGUACUAUUGCUACUACUGUUUAUCGGCGACUCUCGUCCUGAUGAUGCGCAUCUUUGAAUGUCCGACGGAGGAAGCAGAUGAGUACGUUCGAACCUGCUCCAAGAGUAUCGAGGUAUUCGAAUAUAUCAACUCCGGACAGUCGAGAAAAUGCGCCGCCCUGGUUAAAAAUGUGCUGCAGAGGCAUCGGGAACCGGCACGAAGUCAGAGGAGAAAACCUCGGGACGGGCCCUUCUCUACCACAACUGACGACAACGUGCGGUCGGGCCCAGAUCAAGAUCUAGCGGCCACCAGGGAGGUGCCAAGUAGCACGCAAGGAUCCAACAUCCUUACUGACUUUCACAUUGGCGACAUAUUUGGCGACCCAUACAAGGACCAGACAAUCAGUGAGGCGCUAAACCUUUCUUCGGAAAUGACCGGGGAUGAGCAAUUCCUAGCAGAUAGUUACAGCCAAUAUCUCUUCCAGGGACCAAUAUAGCAUCUUUGUCCAUCGGCUGACACACCCUCGAAUGAUCGGUCUUCGUCCUUGGUCUGGUUGAAUUCUUGGGCCCAUGGCGUCGAAAUGGGUCCACGGUUUGUCGUUCAUGGGGACGCUCCCAUUGACGUAGAAGCCGGAGAGGGUCGGUGUUGGUGGAGCAAUGACGGCAUGAGGAAGGGCCAGCAGCUGCUACGCCCACGACAUGGCCGGAAGAAUGCCGAGAAAGGAGGUCGAAGGCAUUUCGAGCUUGCUACGUGGAAUCAGUCCGAGUCUAGGUUGUUCUGGAAAGGACCGUCG